UGGGAGCUGAGACUCUCCGCCGGGAGCGUUGUCUCUAUUGUCGGCGGCCGGACCAUGGGUGUCCCCUCGUUGCUGCACCUGGCGCUGGCCGUCUGCCUGCUGCACUUCCCGGACCCAGCGGCCGCUGAGCUGACCGUACCGCGGAGGUUGGGCGCGGGUCCGCCGGGAGAACAGCUCCAGCUGGCGCUGCCGCUGCCGGCCUGGGGCACCGAGCUGGUGCUGUCCUUGAGGCGGGGGCAGCGCUUCCUGGCGCCGGCAUUCACCGUGGAGGAGCGGGGCAGAGACACGGGCCCCCUGCGAGCCGAGCAUCACUGCUUCUACAGCGGCCACGUCCUCCGGCACCGCCGCUCCUUCGCCGCGCUCAGCACCUGCAACGGACUGUUGGGAUAUAUCCAGAUUGGUGACGAUCUGUUGUCCAUAGAACCUGUGAACAAAAUUAACUCUUCAUUCAGUGGGGAAGUUCACCGGAUUUACAGGCACAAGCAGCCCCUCGCAUCCAAGAAGAAUCACAGCUCUGACUUCUGCAAGGUGAUCAAAGGAAGACAGAAGCUGAAGAGAGCAACUGACCAACUCAGAAGAAAUGCUAUCCGCUUAACGAACGAAUACACGGUGGAGACGUUGGUGGUGGCAGAUUCGGACAUGGUGGAGUAUCAUGGUGCAGAAGCAGUCCAGAGGUUCCUGCUCACUGUCAUGAAUAUGGUAUACAACAUGUUUCGGCACCGCAGUCUGGGAAUUAAGAUCAAUAUUCGAGUCACGAAACUAGUGCUGCUUCACAAACGUCCGGAGCAACUAUCGAUUGGUCACCAUGGGGAGAAGUCGCUGGAGAGCUUCUGCCAUUGGCAGCACCGAGAGUUUGGAGCUCGAUACUUGGGGAAUAACCAACUGCCCGGUGGGAGGGAUGACUACCCAGCUGUGGACGCCGCCGUGCUUGUCACAAGGACUGACUUCUGUGUAAAUAAAGAUGAGCCCUGUGACACUGUUGGAAUUGCAUACCUUGGAGGAGCCUGUAACCCCAAGCGCAAGUGUGUGCUCGCUGAAGAUAAUGGUCUCAGCCUGGCCUUUACCAUUGCCCACGAGCUGGGUCACAACCUGGGGAUGAGCCACGAUGAUGACCAUUCCACCUGUGCUGAACAUUUCCACAUCAUGGCCGGCGAGUGGGUCAAGGGGAAGAACCCAAGCGAUCUGUCUUGGUCUGCCUGUAGCCAUGACGACCUGGAGAGUUUCCUGAGAUCAAAGGCUAGUACCUGCCUGCUGGAGACAGACCCAAGAAGUCACUAUGCAACACGGUUGCCACCUAAGCUGCCGGGCAUGCACUACAGCGCUGACGAACAGUGUCAGAUUCUGUUUGGAAUCAAUGCAACUUUCUGUAAAGAAAUGGAGCAUUUGAUGUGUUCUGGUCUCUGGUGUCUGGUGGAGGAAGACCUGCCAUGCAAAACAAAAUUGGAUCCUCCCUUAGACGGAACGGAGUGUGGUGUUGACAAGUGGUGCAGAUCAGGGAAGUGCGUCAGCAAAACGCCUAUCCCUGAGCACCUGGAUGGCGACUGGAACAGCUGGAGCCAGUGGAGUAUGUGCAGCCGCACCUGUGGAACCGGAGCCAGGUUCAGGCAAAGAAAAUGCGACAACCCCCCCCCAGGUCCAGGAGGAACAAACUGUCUGGGAGCCAAUGUAGAGCAUAAGGUUUGUGAGAAUGUACACUGCACCAAAGGGCAGCGCAACUUCCGAGAUCAGCAAUGCCAGUCCCAGGACAGGCAAGGUCAGAAGAAGAGAAAACACUGGACUGCAGUCCUCAACGAUGACAUGCCUUGUGCUUUGUUUUGCUCCCCCUUUGGGAAAGAUUCCCCUGUCCUGAUAGCUGAGCGAGUCCUGGAUGGCACUCCAUGUGGACCGUACGAGACAGAUCUCUGUGUGAAUGGCAAAUGCAAGAAGAUUGGCUGUGAUGGAAUCAUUGGGUCUGCAGCAAAGGAGGAUCGUUGUGGGGUGUGCAAUGGUGAUGACAAGUCGUGCGAGAUCAUCAAAGGCGAUUUCAAUCAAAGCCAAGGAAUGGGUUAUGUUGAAGCUGCUGUUAUCCCUGUUGGUGCCAGGAGGAUUCGGGUGGUGGAGGAGAAACCAGCGCACAGCUUCCUAGCUUUAAAAGACUCCACAAAACAAUCCAUCAACAGCGACUGGAAGAUCGAGCUGCCUGGCGAAUUUCCAAUGGCCGGGACCACAGUGCAUUAUGUGAGGCGGGGUCUGUGGGAGAAGAUGUCUGCCAAGGGACCGACCAAAACACCGCUUCACUUAAUGGUGCUGUUAUUCCAUGAUAAAAGCUAUGGCAUCCACUAUGAAUACACAAUCCCGGUGAACAAGUCAACUGAAGAUAGCAACGUGAUGCACAAACCACUGGAACCUCUUUACUUGUGGACAAACAUUGGCUGGGGGAACUGCAGUGUGCAAUGUGGAGGAGGUGAGCGCAGAACAAUUGUCCGCUGCGCCAAGAUUGUCAACAAGACAAUGUUGACCGUAACGAACGACAGCGACUGCCGCCACCUGGCUCGUAUUGAUCCCCAAGUCCGGAGAUGCAACAUACAUCCGUGCCAGUCAUGGUGGGUGGGAGGCAAUUGGUCUCCAUGCUCCAGGACUUGUGGUAAAGGAACUCAGGUUCGGAACGUGACCUGUGUCUAUCAGCUACAAAACGGCACGUAUUUCAACACAAGAAGUCUCUACUGCCUUGGUCCAAGACUGUCUACAGUGCAGGGAUGUGAGGGCCGUGAAUGCCUCACAAUAUGGGAAGCCUCGGACUGGUCAAAGUGUUCGUCAGACUGUGGUCGAGGAACCCAUCUAAGGACAGUGAAUUGCACCAACCCUCAAAGCAAAUGUGAUCCUGCAGUGAAGCCCCUAGAUGAAGAGGAGUGCGAGGAUCAUUCCAACUGCUACAAAUGGAGAACUGGAGAAUGGUCAAAGUGUUCGUCCACAUGCGGCAAGGGCCUGCAUUCUCGAGUUGUCCAAUGUAUGCACAGAAACACCGGGCGCCACGGCAACGAAUGCCCUUCUUUGACCAAACCACCGGCCUACAAGCAAUGCUACCAGAAGCCUUGCAGUGGAAGUGCCAACGCCAACAAUGUCACCUCGUCCAGGCUUGCUGCCCUAACAUACAAGUGCCUGGGAGAUGACUGGGCAGUGUACUGCAGACUCAUCCGUGAGAAGAACCUGUGCCAAGACCUGCGCUGGUACCGACGCUGCUGCCAGACCUGCAAGGACUUCUACGCAAACAAGCCGCGGCGCAGCACUGAGUCGCAGGUAUUAUUGAAGCAAUGAGAUAACUGAAGAAGAGUUUUUUUUCUUCUCCGUUUCAUCCCGUACAGAAUCGGGGGAUGCGCGGAUUUUUUAUUUUAACUGGAAGAGAGCGGUGCUUGGGAAGCUGCAGGCUCCCCACCAUCCUUGCCCACACUCUGCAAACGCACCCCGCCAUUUUUGGGAUGUACCGCGUGAGCUGCUGUUACAGUGUCAGAAGCUGAGCCAGUGACCUACCCAAGGCCCCACGUCGAUGGGUUCUGUACUUGCCUAUCACUGCAACAUCAACCGCUUGGCUCCAAUCAGUGAGGGAAGUAAACAGUAACUCCUUUCUCACCAACAAGAAAUGACGUUUACUGUCUCUCACUGGAUUUUUGUAGAGUUAAUACUGUGCACUGGAACCAUUUCCAGCGGAAAGCAAAGGACAAUGAAGGAGCAGGAAAAUCUAUCCCUUCCACGCACCUUCAGGUGGAGAUGUGUCUAGAAUCUCAACUCACUGUUUGUUAUCCCUCUCAUAGUUCUGGAAAAUAUGAAAAGCCUUGACAUCCAGACUAUCGAUCAAACCACUCGCUUCAUGAGAAUUUGCAACUUAAUAUCUUCAUUUAUAGCAAAGAGUAGCAAUGCAAAGCCAAACUUGAACGAUUCUCUUUAACCUUUUCAUUACUUUUUACCUUUAGGCCAGUCAACCUUCCUGAUGGACAUGGCUAAUGAUACUUUAUUAUCUCAUGUGAAUGAAUGAAUGAAUACUUUAAUGUCUCAUGUGAAAAGGCACAGUGAUACUCUUCGUUUUUGCAUACCCAAGGUAUGCAAAGAGUUGCCACAUAAAGGGCGCUGACAUAAAGUUACAAAGUAUUCCGCGCCAGCUCCUCCCUUGUUCUCCCACACAGUGGUCCCCUCCAGGCCAGGUCCUCCUUUGUUCUUCCCCCUCCCCCCUCCUCACGGCUCCCCCUCCCCCAUGCCGUACCGAGGUGCAGUGAAAUUCAUAUUUGUACACAGUUCAUUACGUAUCUCCGAAUAGUAUACAAAAAGGAAAUUCACUGCACCCCCGGUACAUGUAACAAUAAAAUACCAUCAGUCAUAAGUAGUGUGAAGCCUGUGUGUAACUUAAUGGAUCCAUGAGAAGAAGAGGCAGCAGUCUCUGUGAGUCGGAUUUACACUCUGGUGGUGAUUAGAAGCAACUGUCUGGGAAGCUCCAACUUCAGGUAGUAAUACGGGACAACACUGCUCAGCAAUCUGCCAUUAGAUGCACCACAGCUGGUGUACGAGACUGUAGAUGUACCCGUCUGGUGCCCAAUGCUCCUGCUUGUGUUGAGGCCAUUGCUGUGAGGUGCAAGCUGGUGUACCCUGCUACCACUCGCAGAUGACACAGUUGAAGUGCUGAGCACAGCAGGGCUUCAGGGGAAGGGGAACAAAUCAGCGCCCAAAUGUACCGAUCUGUCUGGUCAGGUCUACCCUCCCGUUUAGUUUUUUAGUUUAGAGAUACAGCGUGAAAACAGGCCCUUUGGCCCACUGAGUCAACGCCAAAUAGUGAUCCCCACAUAAUUACCCUAUCCUACACACACUAGGGACAAUUAUACAGAAGCCACUUAACCUACAAACCUGUACGUCUUUGGAGUGUGGGAGGAAAGCGGACAGCUGGAGAUAUCCCACACAGGUCACAAGAAGAACAUACAAACUCCAUACAGACAGCGCCCACAGUCAGGAUUGAACCCGGGUUUCUGUAAGUAGCAACUUUACCGCUGAGCCACCUUGCCGCCCCUUCUGUGUGAGUGUGACCCUUCUUAUAUGAAGCUUUCACCAUCUGCAUGUACAUGUGUGGUCUAUCACAGUAACUAACUGCCACUUACACUUAAAACAGCCGGCUUUUGGAAGUCCCUUUCCCCUGAAACCACACUGCUUAGUGGACUGUCUUCCUUGACCUCAGUGAGACCUGUAACCUCCUGCAGCCUCAGAAACAUGUCAGACUACUUUAGUGGUCAUGAUUAUUCUCAGGGUCAUGAGUGCAGGACAUUACAGCUGCUGCCAUUCCCUGCAGUAUACGCACAAAGACUCAGUACCAAACAGCGGUAGACAGCCCACAAACACACGCACACUCAGAUGACCCUACCCUGAAUCAUAUCAUACACUUCACAGACACAAGCACUGACCCACACACCAUACACAUACUAAACUAACUCACACACAGCAUUGCACUGACACAUGCAACAUAUAUGUGUAGGAAGGAACUCAUAGUUCUGCCUAACUGCAGAUGCUGGUUUAAACCAAAGAUAGACACAAAAAGCUGGAGUAACUCAGCAGGACACACAGCUUCCCCGGAUAAAAAGAAUGUGUGGAUGUUUUGGUCUGAAGAAGGGUCUCAACCCGAAACAUCACCUAUUUGUUCUCUCCAGAAAUGCUGUCUGACCCGCUGAGUUACUCCAGCUUUUUGUGUCUAUCUUCAUGCAACAUAUACACCUGCAAUUUUCAUGUACACAAUGAAUACAUCAAUACUAAUACACACUCCAAACGCACAAAACACUAAUUUACACACAACACAUACAAUGACACAUACAACAUAUACAUGUAUGCUGAUCGACACGUACCCUCACAUGUACCACAGACCUCCAACUAUUAAGUAUUUCCAUACACAAUUCGAACAUAGCUGAAGAAGGGUUCCAACCCAAAAUGUCAUCUAUUGCUUUUCCACAGAGAUGCUGCCUGACUAGUUGAGUUACUCUAGCACUUUGUGUCUAUUGUCAGCUGAAAUCUUGAUUUUUACAGUGUGUGUUUAAAAAUUAAUAUGAGAUAAAGGUAAGAGUGUAAAUUUUACAUUUCCAUCCUCUGGCACUGAGUGGAGCAUGUUGGGAGCUUGUAUCAGGAAGAUUUACCACUGUCAGCUAAUCACAGAAACUAGGUAAAGAGACAGACCUCCAACAAGUGAGCCUCAUUGUCACCUUCCCCUCAGCUAACCAUGAACCGGUCUACAUUUCCUUGAUCAUCGUCUGCUUUGAUCUGUUGUUUUCACACCUUACACCUUACCCUUCCAUAUCUCUAGUCUCUAUCUCCCUUGACUCUGUCUGAAGAAGGGUCUCGACCCAAAACGUCACCCGUUCCUCCUCUCCAGAGAUGCUGCCCGUCCAGAUGAGUUACUCCAGCAUUUUGUGCCUAUCUUCCAUUGCUUCUCAGCCUGUUAAGGAUUCACACCUUACACAACCCACGUAGAUGCGCUCUGCAUCUGCGACUCAGCAGAACCAUUGAGCCCUCCUCAAACCCGUCAGCUAUCAGUGGUGAAAAGGUUAUUCCCUUCCUGUGUGUGGCAGAGCUUGUUUGCUGCAAUUUUACUUGCUGUUUAUUUUAGUGGUGCUAUUUUUUGCAAACGAUGACUCGUUUUAAUUCUGUCUUACACAGUAGGCAAUGUAUAAUUGUACUGUUAAAUAUUAAAUGUACUAGUGACUGUCACUAUAUUCCACAUGGUGCUAUCUUAUUAGAACAAUAAUCUCUGUCGGAAGGUGCUUGCUUGCAUUAGCAUAAUGUGAUACUGAGAUAUAUUCAUUAUGACUAGCUUUUUAUUGCAGACUGAAAUGUCAUGUUGGCAGUUUUGCCAACACAGGUGCUGUAUCGAUGACCUCCAGUAUAUUUAUGGUUUUUCAUGAGGCAGAGAAUAUGGAAAAUGCUUGAGAACUUGUAACAAGACUAAUGAUUCCGGGCAUCCUUCCUCCCGUUAAUGGAAGAAUAUUUUGCGAAACAUUUCAUAUUAAAUUUAUUUUCAUCA